AUGGCCUCCAUAUCUAACCGGUUACGCACGGUUGGACCGCCCCAGUUCAAGAUGAACGAUAUCAGUGACCCUCUCACCCGCCAACUCAUGCAAGAGCGCGAGAUGGAGACUGCUGAUCAAGCAGCUGCACGAGAACGCGCGGAGAGAGAAGCUCUAAAAGGAGAGCGGAGUGACAAGUCGAAAGACCGCAAGCGCCGCAAGGUUGCCAAAAUUCUACUUGUUGGCCAGUCUGAGUCGGGGAAAUCGACAACGCUAAAGAAUUUCCAAUUACAUUAUGCUCCCAAGGCGUUUCAGGCUGAGCGCCACAGGUGGAAGACGGUCAUCCACCUGAACAUAGUCCGGUCUAUCCGCAAGAUCGACGAGGCCCUGAGUGCAUACUCUUCAAGCCAACAGCAACGUCAGCACCAACAGAGUCGAUCAAGAUAUGGGUCCCCACGGUCGACACCCCUGGGAACACCCUCAAUUCAAGCGACCAGCAAUUUUGAAUUCUUCGCCAACGCAGGAUCAGACGAAGAUGAUGAAGAUUAUGACCUUGGAAUGGGUGCAAGCUCAUUGCCACAUCGACGGCCAAGGCUCACUUCGAAGCACAAUGUUCUCCUCCUUCGUCUGCGGCCUUUGCUUUCCCUCGAACCCCAACUGAUUCGGACACUCUUGUCCAACGACUUGUCGAACCCUGCACCGCCCGUCUUUCUGCGGACGAACAGCUCUGCCGGGUACUUUAGCAGUGGAGUCGGCGGAGGAACGGUAUGGCGAAACGAGGUGCCCGACGAGUUUCCAUCACCCUUGGCGGCGAGCCCUUCGGCAUCCGCUCCAGCAAUAUCACCGCUAAUUGUAUCCAACGAAGUCGCCCUCCCAGCUGGAUGGAAUUCCUACAGGAGCGCGAGUGCAUUCCCCGUUCCCACCAAUGGAAUAAACAGAACAGAGAGCGGAUCUAGUACCGGUGAUAGCGGCGAAGGAAUGGGAGUGCGAGGAGAGGUCGGCAACGAUUCAACUGUGAUGUAUGAGGCGCCCAGCGUGGUACCAAUAACGAUCCCACGCAGGAUGCAUAGUCGGAAUGACGGCAGUCUCACCCAUGCAUCACCCAAUGGGAGUAUUUCCUACUCGGGAGGAGCCCCUGUCUUCUCUUCCGGGCAACAGCAACAGUCGAUACUCCAAUCGCCACUGACAAUGUCCCCUUCUACGGGACUCGUACAUCCAGAUCGGCCAUUCGCCGAACGCGUUGGGCAUGGUUCGUCGCAGGAUGGUGGCCCGCAUCCAUUGACGGGGAGCAAUAUGAGUAUCCGGGGUAAUAUGCGCAGCCCAACGCCGAGUGUACACGACUCGUUUGAGGUCCCGGAACGAGUUCUUUCGGCGUGUGCACCGGAUAUUCUGACCCUCUGGCGGGACGAGGUACUGAGAAAUCUGCUCUGUGGGCCGCUUUCGACCGGAGGCCUUGGACUUAAAUUACAUGAAGACGCAGGAUUUUUCCUGGACGAUAUUGAACGCAUUACUGCCCCCAACUAUCUUCCAACCGAUGAUGAUGUUCUUCGAGCCCGACUCAAGACGAUGGGUGUUAGUGAACACCACUUUGUACUUGAAGAGGCAGGAGACCUCGAUCUAGUUACCGAGCUCGUUGUGUACGACGUAGGCGGCGCUCGAACGCAACGGCACCAGUGGAUGCAAUUUUUUGACGACGUCAACGUCAUUGUGUUUCUGGCGCCCAUUAGCCCAUUCGACCAACGUCUGGCUGAGGACCCAACGGUGAACCGGCUCCAAGACACGUUUAGUCUCUGGAAAGACGUAUGCCGGUCGCCUGCGUUGUCCCGAACGGAUUUUUUGUUGUUCUUGAACAAGUGUGACUUGCUGGACGCCAAGUUGCGACAAGGAUUGAAGCUGCACAAGUUUAUCCCUCAAUAUAAUGGCGGUAACAAUCUGCAGGAAGCGGUCAAAUUUUUCCGAGGUGUAUUCUACCAGAUCUGGCAUAAGAGCACGCAGGGUCUGAAAGAUUCGCACAAGGGCCAUAGAGCCCUAUACAUUCAUAGUACAAGUAUGAUCGACAUCAAGACGUCUCGGGCGGUGAUUGAAAAUGUGCAAGAGUGUGCGGUGCGGUCGAAUCUAAAGACAGCACUGGUCAUCUAA